AUGGAGUGUGAGAGAUCAUCGUCGUCCACGUCAUCAGAAACCGGACCCAUCCGCCACCGUCUUACGUCGUCGACGGUCUCCACCGUGACAAGACGAAUGUACGAGUGCACUUUCUGCAAAAGAGGUUUCACGAACGCACAAGCUUUAGGCGGUCACAUGAACAUCCAUCGACGCGAUCGUCUCAACAAGGCGGCCAAGUUGCAAAACGACGCUGACGUGGCACUCUCCGGUGCUCGAAGAUGUUUCCACGUUGCAGCUUCUGAUCGUGGAGGCUACGAGCAAGUAGAUUCCAUCUUGUUGAGGACGACCACGAACUUGAGCUUACGAAUCGGCUCGAUGGCUACAAGGAGAGAAAACGUUGUCGUUGAAGGAGAUGAGAUCGAUUUGGAGCUACGUCUUGGUUUAUGA